AUGAAGCAAAGUGCUCGAGAACUUCAAUCGGCUCUUCGACGAAGCAAGGCGGGAGAGCUAAGCAUUGAUAUCAAUGUUAGUGAUUACAUCACCUCUAGGAAGAUCGCUGCGGUGCUUAAAGAAGCAAGCCUGAUCAGUGCUUCCAUCUUUCACACCUUCCUCUCUUUCCUUUCUCCGUCGACCUUGAAGAAGAAGCCUUCAAAGUGGUCAUUGGUUUCGAAGUUGGUGCGGAAGGGAUCGGCAGAGGAGCAGAAAAUGAACGAGUUAGACAGAGUCGAUCUGGCGGUUAGCAACUUACUGCUGCAGGGUUCAAAAGAGGACGCCGGAGAACAGAAAAUCCGAUCGGCAUUGCUGAAUUUGGAAUUGUUGGAUGAUGUGCUUGAAAGUUUUGAGGAUGGAUUACAGUGCUUGUUUAGGAGCUUGCUCCAUACUAGAGUUUCUUUCCUAAACAUACUUUCGCAUUAG